GAGAGAGACGUGGACAUGGAUUGCGACAAGAGGUUUUCAAGUGGGCAUCUGAUUCUGAAACCGGAGGAGCUUCGGCUGUCGGAUCUGGUGCGUCUGAUUCUCUCCGGCGACGUCGAGAAGCCGAGAUUGGUCGACAGCUCCGACACCACAGAACCCAGAUUCCGUCGCCGGAUUCUUAUCUUCGUCUCCGUCGUCGUUUUGAAGAUUCUCCUUCUCGUUUCAGCUCCUUUAUCUCUCUUCGGCUCCGCCUCCGAGUUCGUAUUGAAUUUCCUUUCCCACAACACUUUCUCCGACGUCUUCCUCCGAGGUGAAGUGGUGAUACCUGAGAAAUCAUCCCCUGGAUACGUGUCCUUCGUAGGCUAUCUGGACACGAGAAUAAGCUUAGACACGACGGCGAGACGUGAAGACGGGCAUAGAUUCUAUGCGGCAUUGUGCAUCAUGGCCUCUAAAUUUGCCUAUGAGAACCCUGCUCGUAUCAAGUACGUUGUCGAGGACUAUUGGAAGAUGAAGUUCUUGGGCAUGGACAACUACUGGAACGAAUAUCUUGAAAAGAACACAACACAAGCGUUCAUGAUGUCGGACGAAUCAUCGGACGGCGAGGAAACGAUCGUGGUGUCCUUUAGAGGAACUGAGCCGUUCAAUUCAGAGGAUUGGUGUUCAGACUUCGACAUUACUUGGUACGAGCUCCCGGACAUCGGGAGAAUCCAUGGCGGCUUCAUGAAAGCCCUCGGACUUCACAAAAAUUACGGUUGGCCCAAGGACCCACUCCCCAACCCCAACCGUAAAUCCCCUCUGGCAUACUACGCGAUCAGGGACAAGCUGAAAACUCUGACGUGUCAUAACCAACGGACCAGAUUCGUGUUGACUGGUCAUAGCCUAGGUGGGGCCCUAGCGAUCCUUUUCGUGGCUGUGCUGAUAAUGGAUGGCGAGGUUACGUUGCUGGACAAGAUCCGCGGAGUUUAUACGUACGGACAACCUCGGGUUGGUGACUCGAGAUUCGCAGCAUUCAUGGAAAAGAGAUUGGAAGAACAUGAUAUCACGUAUUACAGAUUUGUUUAUAACAACGACAUAGUUCCGAGGUUGCCGUUCGAUGACAAGGACCUGAUGUUCAAGCACUUCGGCACGUGCGUAUUCUACGACCGACGAUAUGACGCAAAGGUUUUAAGGGAAGAACCAAACAAGAACUUCUUUUGUCCGGCUGCGAUGGUGCGGAUGACGUCGAGCGCGGCCAUGGAGCUCGUGAGAAGCUUCACGAUCGCGGCCAGAGAGGGACCAGAGUUCGAGGAGGGAUGGUUGCAGAGAGUGGCCAGAGUCUUCGGGCUAUUUCUCCCUGGAAUUUCGAAUCAUUCUCCUCAGGAUUAUGUCAAUGCUAUUAGAUUAGGUCCUUCUCACGUCUUUCGUGUUCAUAGAAACUUGCGCAUCUCGAAUUAAACUCUAAAUUCUUUAACACCAUAUUUGAUAAAAUCAUUGCCUUCUUUUAA